AUGUUUGGGAGAGACAUGAGGCGCUCAUUGCUCUAUGUGGUGCCUGCUCUCAUCAUCCUCUGCGCCAUCAUCAGUACAUAUAGGCUAUCACCAGAUGAAAUCAGGAUAAAUCGAUGGAUGCAGCCAGCCGACGGCAAAGCCGACUUCAGUCAGGGCAAAGCAAAUGCCGGCUCAACUCAUGAAGAAGCGGAAGUGCCUCUAAGUAACAAGUCUGUCCCUCUUGAUAUUCAGACCUCUCAUCAGGAGAUCUUCUCAACCUCAACUUCAGACGGAAAGUACUUUUCCAUCGACUUUGCGGGCAAGCACAAUGGCAUGAACCCCAACAUCAUCCCUCACCCAACUCUGGAGAAUACAUGGAUUGUGGCGGCUCAGAUGGUACGGGGGGAGGCCGAGCAAACCGUCCACUUCACAGAACUUGUCUGCAACGCCGCUUUUCAGGGCAACGUCUUACGAUGCCUCCAGCCUCCAAAUGUCCUCCCUGUUGUGCCAACAAAGGGUGGCAAAUGUGAGGGCGAUCUCGCCUACUUCAGCUCCAACAUCGGCCCUCAUGACGCCCGUGUUGUGUACGGCCCGGAUACGCCGUACAUCAUUUACGGCUCAAACUCCCAGUUCACAUGCUUCGGCCAGUUCAUUCAAGACUUCCGCGAACUUGUUGACUGGAGAGGAAAGGAAGCCGGUUCUCAGAUCUUCCUUGAGGGUACAGAGAUGCAGCGCCCGCUGCCAUGGAAUGCCAUCGAGAAGAACUGGUUUCCUUUCUGGGACCCCUUUGGUAACAUGUACAUCCACUACGACGUCUCGCCUAAACGAGCGUUUGCUCAAAUCAGCGCUGAUGGCACAGUUGGCCUUGAUCUGUCAAUUGGAACCGAGGCGGAAGAUGCCAAAUGCAUUGCAAAAUACUACCCCCCAAUCCUCAACUCUCUCGAGUCGAUCCAUCAGGCGUCCAACUCGCUUAAAAUUACCAUGUGCAAGCGAACAGAUGCCAUCUGCAUUGCUAAUGAAAGUAACACCUUCAUCUUCACCAUAUGGCAGCACAAGACCUUUUACAACUUCCACGGAGUCUACGAGCCGUACCUUAUGCUCUUCCAGGAGCACGCACCUUUUGCGAUGCACGCCGUGUCGAAAAAGCCACUCUGGAUCCACGGCCGCCAGCAGCAACACGACAAAGACACUUCAGACAUGUUUUAUGUUACAUCAAUCGCUUGGAAGCGUCCCGGCGUUACGUAUCACGGAUACCUGGACGACGAGCUUUUUAUUGGAUUUGGCAUUGAGGAUAGGGAGUCAGGGGCUAUUGACGUUACGGCUGAGGAGUUAAUGUCGGGACUUGGGCUUUGCACAGAGGCAUAA